AAUAGCAUCUACAGGAAGAAUGUCUAACACGGCAAUACGAAGGAAAGAGCAUUUAGAGACAGAAACUGCCAAUGUCGUUGAAAACAAUGUUAUUCGAAAGUGGCUCUCACUUGAAGAGGUGAAGAAAAUCGUGAGAAACGUGCUGAACUACGAAGUGGAUUCGAUUGAAUAUAAUAUUCGACCGUAUUCCGACGGUAAACUGGGAUACCUCGGUUCUCAUUACCGUCUAACUGUGACAGCCACGACGAGGAAGAAGAAGAAGGUCACCCUGCCGUUCUUUCUUAAGACUUUGCCUUACGAGAUACCCGUCCAAGUCGAAUACGUGAUAAACCUCGGCUUCUUCAAAGUGGAGACGAUGUUCUACAGCACCUUAAUGCCAAUACUCUGCGAGGAGUAUCGUGGAGAACCAUGGGCGCCUGUGUGCUACAAAAUGAAGGAGAACCUGUUGAUCUUCGAAGAACUGAAUGGCAAAGGUUAUACAAUGCGGGACAAGCUUUUCAACAAGACGCUCGUGCGAGCGAGUCUCAGCACUAUCGCGCAUCUACACGCCGCUUCCUUGAUAGCGGAAGCGCGCCUUGGUUCACCGCUCAACCGAUUGUAUCCUGAUGUUUUUUCGAAGAGAAACUUUGACAAAGGCUAUAGGGUACGAGAGUGGUUUGAUGCGGGUGUUGAUGUUGCCACAACUGUGGCUGAGCGUCUAGGACACAAUCCUGAUCUAAUACGUGCAGCUUGUGAACAAGUAAAUAACAUCUUCAAAACAUCCUGUACGAAAACAAACGUGGUUAGUCACGGAGACCUAUGGGGCAACAAUCUCAUGUUCAACAACGACGUACCGCCCAAAUGUCUACUGGUGGAUUAUCAGCUGACGAAAUACUUACCUUUGGCAUUCGACGUUUCGCAGUUCUUCUAUCUAUGUACUGACCGAAGUUUUCGAGAGACCUGGGAGAGCGCGAUGCUGCGGCAUUAUUACGAAAUACUAUGCGAAACUUUGGACGCUCACGGGAUCGGCUUGAUGCAGAGACCCGCUUGGUCGGAAGUUGUCGAUGGUAUGGAAGAACAGCGCCUAGGUUCCCUGAUUACGGCGAUAAUAUACUUUCCUACGGUACUGAUGGACGAGAAGCUCAACGCACAGAUCAUGAGCGAUCCAACAUCCUACAACGAGUUCACCUUUCAGAACAGGACAAAGUUUGUACUUUCUGUAAUGGAGAAGGACUCGGUCUACGGAAGAAGAAUCAGCGAGGCUGUCGAUGAACUGGCCAGCUUGGCUUCACGGUUAGAUCAGUUGCCCCAACCAUCUUAAAAUUAUACAUGUUAUUAGUGCAGUUGGUUCAAAUAUUUUAUCAGGUUUUCGACGAAAUUUAUAUUCUGUCUAUUGGCCGAAAAGAAUUGAAUGAAUAACCGUAUUACUUUAUUUUAUAUCUUUCUACUCUUUACACAAUAGUGUUUACACAUAAGAAUGAGUGAUAUUGUCUUGGUUCGGGAGUAUGAUAGAUAAGGAAGACCAAUCGUAACUGAUAAACCGAUUACUCGAUUCAUCGGUGUCUUCUGCUUCAUUGAUACCUGCGAACUGUGAUAUUUCGUUAUUAUUCAGUUCUAAGGUAUCGACUCGAGCUUCGUCGUCAUUAUAUCUUAAAAUUGCAAAAUAAUUAAUAUGCAACAUUACAAUGUGGGUAAGCGUAAGAUGAAUCUAUAAAAUAAAGCGAUAUAAUAUUAAAAUAAUGUCCUUGGUAAAUUUAUUCAAGAGAAGUUCCACUUAAAUAAUAAAGUAGCAACAGGGUCGCUCCAAGUCCACUUCAAGUCACUUCAUUCAUGUCGAGUGAUUUUUCCUCUGAAUCGUUGAGUGAAUAUUUUAACUCGAACUCGAAUUUGAAGAGUUAGUCCGACGUGCUCAACCGUUGCACGAACAGAAUUACUUUAAUCAAUUGAAAUUUCAUUUUUAUAAAUUACAAACUCACUCCGUUUAAGUGAAUUAUUCUCUCUCUCUCUCUUUCUCUCUCUCUUAUGCCUUCGAGUGAUAGCAUUUCAUUGCAUACAUUUCAUCAAGUGAAUGCUUGCUUGUUUUAAAUGUGAUUUCAUUCAAUUUUUGUGAAAAUUUAACGGAUGUGCAACAAAAAAUUAUAUAAAAUUCUAGAUUCUUCGACGUUUCUGGAACGAAACAUUUUUGACUGUCGUCUGGAUAAUAACAAUAUAAAUAACGAGCCUUCAUUGAUGAUAAAGAUGGGCUAAUACCCUGACCAACAAUGGAUCAAAUCCAUUACUAGGUCAUUGCUUGAACGGCUA